AAUGGCGCCGGCGGCUGAAGGAACAAGAACAGAAACCGCUGGAAAAGCUGAGCAGGUCCGGCAGCUCGUGUUGAGAGAAAUGUGAGGACGUGUUUCGGGUCCGGGGAUCCUUCUUCAGAACAGGACCAGGUUUCAGAAACAUCCCGGGGAGGUCGCCAGGUCCGAGCGCCAAGACCCGGCUCCUGCCCCCGGGGAGAGGAGACAGUGAGACAGGAGUAUUUGAAGAUCUGAAGACAGAAGUUUCAAAGUCAACAGAUGAAGGGCUUAUGCUUGAAACAUUGACUUUCCUGCUCUUCAGAUGCUGCCUGACCUGCUGUGCUUUUCCAGCACCGCACCUUUCGACACUGAGUGUCCAAUGUCUGCAGUCCUCACUUUGAUGUCAAUGUCUGACAGUCACUCAAUCCAUUGGAAACACAACAAUUUUCGACUGUGAUUCUGUGAGAAGGAGCAAAGCUUUUUGGUUCCUGUUUCUAUAUGUUUUCAGAAUCAGUGGGACUGGAUGAGAGACCCGACUGUUGCAGUGCACUGAGUGUGGAGGCAGAAAUAGUCAUACGACUUGGAAAGAGGAAUUCACAGUAGGGAGGGGCUCUACACAUGUUUGUGUGCAGCUGAAGUUUUGGCCAUGGAGAAACCUGAGGGACCCUGCCCCGUAGAGAAACCAUGUAAGUGUGGUGACUGUGGGAAAAGUUUCCAUUUCCCGUCUGCCCUGGAGACUCAUCGGCGCACUCACACCGGGGAGAGGCCGUUCCCCUGCACAGAGUGUGGUAAGACCUUCAGCAAUUCCUCUGACCUACUGAAGCACCAACGGGUCCACACGGGGGAGAGACCCUUCAGCUGUCCCAAAUGUGGGAAGGGCUUUACCCAGGCCUCCAGUCUGCUGGCCCACCGGCAGGUCCACACCGGGGAGAGGCCGUUUCUUUGCACCAAGUGCGGGAAGGCCUUCAGCAAUUCCUCCGCCCUGCUGAGGCACCAGCGCGGCCACACGGGGGAGAGGCCCUUCAGCUGCCCCAAUUGUGGGAAGGCCUUCAGCAAUUCCUCCGACAGGCUAAAGCACCAGCGGGUCCACACAGGGGAGAGGCCCUUCAGCUGCCCCGAGUGCGGGAAGGGCUUUACCCACACCUCCACCUUGCUGACCCACCGGCGGGUCCACACCGGGGAGAGGCCCUUCACCUGCCCCAAGUGCGGGAAAGCCUUCAGCAAUUCAUCCGACAGACUGAAGCACCAGCGGGUCCACACUGGGGAGAGACCCUUCAGCUGCCCUGAGUGUGGGAAGGGCUUUACACAGGCCUCCACCCUGCUGGCCCACCAGCGGGUCCACAGUGGGGAGUGGCCAUUCACCUGCUCUCAGUGUGGGAAGGGAUUCACCCGCUCUUCCCACCUGCAGAGGCACCAGCGAGUUCACAUGCCAUGGCAGGGGGAUUGAAGGAGCAAUGGCAGAGUCCCAUUAUCGACUGGACCCCUGGGUUUGAAUCCCGUCAUGGCAGAUGGCGGAAUUGGAAUUCGGUCAGAAGUCUGGAGUUCCGAAUCUAACGAUGAAACCAUUUUUUGGGGGCAGGGGCGUGAGAGCCCCCAUCUGAUUCACUCAUGCCCUUUUUAGGAAAGGAAACUGCUGUUGCAGGAAAGGAUUCACUCAGUUGUCCCAGCUGUAUCCUUUACCUGGGUGGCCUACAUGUGACUCCAGACCCACAGCAGUGUGGUUAACUCCCCCACCUGCAGAAAUGAACAGGGAGAAACUUGCUUGGAUACAGGGUCUGGGUUGAAAUUGCUGAGUGAGGCAAUACUUCCUGCGGGUUAAGGCUGUACCAAGGACCCAAUUACAAAGGGAUAACUCAGUGCUGACCAAUAGUAAAGAAAGUUGGGAGUGGGGGGACUGGGUACGCUUUGAACUUGAACUGUUUUUUAAAAAAAUAAGCUACUUUUUCUAUGUCUUUUUGCUGGGGGGGAUCUGAAGCUGCAAUAAAGUUGGGUCGCGAUAAAGGUCUAUGGGGUGAAUUUGCAUUUGCAGUACAUUCAAUUUUGAUCAAAAAGCACACAACCUGCAGGCAGUUGAUAUAUGUAAUAUUUGUAAAUUUCUACUUUAAAAAUAGAACCAGUCUGAUUCAAGAUUGGGAUACAGACAGAUUCAAACCUCGCACAUUUUGUUGUUGUCUGACCUGAGAUGUAACCUAUUUAUAUAAAACCUUAAGUCAUCUCGAGAAUCUGACUUCAAAGACUUUCUGGGAUUUACACAUUAACGAACUAAAACUUGCAACCUAUUCUAAAAGACAAAAGACUUAACAACAAUCUAGGUUUGUUCAAUAUAUCCGAUCAGUUGUACUAUACUGUGAUCUUUUGCUAUAAAUUCUGUCUUAUGAUCCUGCUCCACAGCUUCCUGGUGAAGGAGCAGUGCUCCGAAAGCUAGUGCUUCCAAAUA